CGCGCGACAUGCUGCGCAUGACGCCGCUGCACUGGGCGGUGCAGAACGGCCACGCGGCGGCGGCGGCCGAGCUGCUGCGCGCGGGCGCGGACCCGACCCUGCGCAACAAGUUCCGCAAGUCGCCGCUGGAGCUGGCGCGGCGCCUGCGGCGCGCGGACCUGGUGCGCCUGCUGGAGGACGCGCUGCGCCAGCGCGAGGCGGCGCGCUCGGUGUCGGCGCUGGUGGACGAACAAAUGGCAGAAGUAUCCACCGCAGAACCUGAGAUAGAAACAUUCGAUGCGGUCCAAAGAAUUCAGGAUAUAAAACUACCGAGGCCAAAGCAGAAUGAUAAGGCAGUAAAAGAAGAAUCAAAAUUGGAGGGCGGGGGCGCGGACGGCGCGGGCGAGCUCCUGCGGCGCCACGGCAUCACGCUGCUGCCGGCCGACCCGGGCGGCACCGUGCUGUCCGCGCUGCAGGGCGGCCGCACCGUCGUGCUCUCCGACGCUGGCAAAUUGAUGUUAAAGGAGAGCAGCGAGAGUCCGUCGCCAGCCUCCAACAAGGCGGGCACGGCGUCGAGCCAACCAAAAGGCGUGGUACUAACGGCCACGCCAGUUAAAUCGCCCCCGAAACCUGGUGUGAAGAUAUUCACUCUGAACAACAAACUCCUCGCGGUGCCCAAGGACAACAAGAUACCCGUGAAAAAGAUUAUUAACCCGCAAGACAUGCAGGUGAAAUUCGUUCAAUUGCCUCCAGACGCCAAGUUAGUGUCUCCUUCGAAAAUAGUACCAAUGAAGGCAAAAAGCAGGAUGGCAGUGCGCCAGGGCGUGACGUCACCGAGCGCGCGCCCCGCCGUCAAGAUCAUCAUGAACAAGUCCAACUUCCACAGACUACUCGCCACCGCCGGAGCCACGCAGGUACAUAUAUAUAUACACCUCUACUCUAAGUACCACUAUGUAGAAAUAGCGCUCACAGAGGACGCGGCGCCCCCCGACACUAGCGACGCGGACAGUCCCGCCGCACUGCGCGCGCAGCUAGCGGCCGCCACGCGGGCGCUCGCCGCCGCCAGGCGAGAUCUACGCCUCGCCCGCGCCCGCCUGGCGCACUACGAGCGCCUGCACGACCUCUAGUGCCUGCCGCCGCCCGCGCCCGCCUGGCGCACUACGAGCGCCUGCACGACCUCUAGUGCCUGCCGCCGCCCGCGCCCGCCUGGCGCACUACGAGCGCCUGCACGACCUCUAGUGCCUGCCGCCGCCCGCGCCCGCCUGGCGCACUACGAGCGCCUGCACGACCUCUAGUGCCUGCCGCCGCCCGCGCCCGCCUGGCGCACUACGAGCGCCUGCACGACCUCUAGUGCCUGCCGCCGCCCGCGCCCGCCUGGCGCACUACGAGCGCCUGCACGACCUCUAGUGCCUGCCGCCGCCCGCGCCCGCCUGGCGCACUACGAGCGCCUGCACGACCUCUAGUGCCUGCCGCCGCCCGCGCCCGCCUGGCGCACUAUGUUUACCUCGACGUCACCCACUUUUUGAAAGUUCUCCGUUCAAUGUGGGACAUUAAGUAUAUAAAAUGUACUUGGUUUUUUUAUUUUUAAUGGUGUACGCUAAAGGAAACUGGCGGGUUUGUAAGGAGUAAUCGGCAUGUAACUACACAAAUGCUUUAACGUCUUGUUACAGUUUAUUCAUUAAAAUAAUCAAUCCCAAAAAACGUUUGCGGUCUUUUCCAGUAACUUGAAGUAAUUUAACAUUUUUGACACAGAAAUGAAGUUAUACUUUGUUUUUAACCGAUUUCAAAAUUAAACUUACUAAGUACUUAUCUCGGAUCGGCUGUCAUAAAUCCAGGAUAAAAGUUUUAAUUAUCAAAGAUUUGUUUUAUAAAAUAUAUGUAUUGUAUGUGUUUGUCUGAAACGAUUUUU